AUGGUCUCCCUACUACCCCACCGACCCUCCCACAGCAACUCUACCAUCUCCCCCAUCUGGAUCCGGUUCCAGCGCUCUGCGCAUUACGCCUCCGAGGGAGUACGAUGGAGCAGCGACGGGGUGCCAGGGAUUCCUGCUUCAACUAGACGUCUACCUGGCCACCGUUCGGCCGGCUCCCUCGGAAGAGGAAAGAGUGUGGGUUCUCAUCACAUGCCUUACCGGGCCUUUCAGGAGCCCCUCAUGGCCCUAGCACAAAACUGUGCUCUCAUUCACAACAUUAUGGGACCACCUGCAUCUUCCUGCGCAAUGACCUGGAUAAUAGACAGAAAGUUGAGGCCAGAGGAGAUUGAUGAGUUGCCGGAUGCUUUUAAGGAGUUUGAUAAGAACAAAGACGGUUUCAUCAGCUGUAAAGACCUGGGAAACUGCAUGGGAUACAUGCCUACCGUAAUGGAGUUGAUAGAACUGAGCCAACAGAUCAACAUGAAUUUGGGAGGUCAUGUUGAUUUUGAGGAUUUUGUGGAGUUGAUGGGCCCCAAACUUCUCACUGAAACUGCAGAUAUGAUUGGUGUGAAAGAACUAAGAGAUGCCUUCAAAGAGUUUGACACCAACGGUGAUGGCGCAAUAAGCACAUCUGAGCUGAGAGAAGCCAUGAGGAAGUUGCUGGGACAACAGGUUGGCCACAGGGACAUCGAGGAUAUCCUGAGGGACAUUGACUUGAAUGUUGAUGGGCAUGUUGACUUUGAAGAGUUUGUACGAAUGAUGUUCCGCUGA